AUGGUGUCAUCUACGGGACCAAGCAUCGCCACCAACUGCCGGAUCCCAUUAUCUGGUCAACUGGCGGAUUCGGUUCCAUCAAGACCAUUCUCGAGCGGAUUUCCUCACCACGUUCGCCCCUCGGACGAGGGACGUCCUGACGCGUCGGAGGCCCCGUACGAGGCAGACGCCCCUGCGCCGAGGACGCGCGUGGCUGUCACCAUCGCGGAUCCUUUCGUGAACUUUGUGCAGCGCAAGUACGACGCCAGUCAGGCCCGACUGGAAGACGCUAACCUUCGUGCUGCCAACCCCAUAGCCGCCGUGGAUCGCAUGAAGGACGAUCUUCGCCAAUUUGAGACUCUCGGGAUUCAGUACGAUCGGUUCCGCUAG